UGCUGAUUUUGUUUGCACUGGGUUCCAACAUCACCUGGACAAAUAGAUAAAUUUUGGUUGCGGUGAAUUUCUUCAACAUUUGGUUCUCUUAGGCAUUUCAGACAACAGGUUCUAUGCACAGAGAGGGAUCGAGAAUGAAGGAGGAGGUUUGCUCUUGUUUGCGAGCUCGACUUGUAGAAUUCCUCAUUCAAUCAGCUCAAGACCUUCAAGUUUCUCCGAUCGUCAAAUACUCAGCACUGUCACUUUUCGCCGAUCGAUUCUACCCAGCUCUUACCGGGGAAGAAACUAAGGAUGCUAAGAGCUGGCUCUUACGGCCUCUGAGAGAAAGCAAUUUGCAGCUAUUUGCGCUUGUUGCAAUAUGGAUCUCAAGCAAAAUACACGAUUCUCCUUCCCUAAGUGUGAAAUCCUUCAAGUCUCUGGCUGACAUCACCAUUAAAGAGCAGCAUUUUACAACAAAGGAUUUUCUGGAAGCUGAGCUAGUGUUAAUGCAGGUAUUGAAAUUUGAGAUCGGCAUGUUAAGCAUUCCCUUCCGAUUCUUCGAAGAUCUACUUACGAAGUUUAGUGAAGUUGCUAGAGUUGGAAAGCAAUUAAGCUUGGAAGCUUGCAUGGAUAUCAUGGACCUGAUAUAUGAAAAGGGGGAGAUUUCAUCUUUCAAUUGUUCUUCUCAUCAUCUAGCCGCAUCGAUUGUUGUUGCUGCAUAUGCAAUCACAGUUCCAUUGCAAAAGAGUGAAUUCCCCAUUCUUGUAUGGGUUAAGUUUGUCACUUCGUGCAGAGAGGAGGAUAUUGUAGACACUGUCAAAAAUAUUCUAAUGCAUGUGUUUGAAGCUUGA